AUGCCCGAGCCGCAGCUCUUCCCUGCCUGGGGCCUCCUAGGGAUGGCGGUGGUGGUAGCGCCUGCCUUGGCCCAAGUGAGAGCUGUAACUGAGAAAGAAUAUUCUGUUGAUGUAUCUAGAAAGAAUCAUAUUUAUGGCAACAUCAAACGAGAAGUUAAUGUAUAUGUUAAAGUAUUUACAAAUAGCCCAUUUCUAGUAUGUAUGGAUUUAGCCCUUUCUCAAGAAGAGGUAAUAGAUCCCAGCUAUUUGUGGAUUGGUCCAGAUGGAAAAAAUUUGGAAGGGCAAAUAUAUGUGAAUCUUACAGAAACAGGAAAGCUGAUGGUGGUAGGUUUUAAGGAGUCUAUGUCUGGAGCCUACACUUGCACUCUUUCUCACAAAAUCAUUGAAACUGAUACACAGGAUGAGACAGAAAUGUUUGAGGCAUACAAAUUUAUGGUAUAUGCAUACAGGGAACCUGACUAUGCAUACAAGAUAUCUGUUCGCUUUACUACAAAGGGAUGCAAGCUAAUAGCUAAUGACCAGUUCUUUCAGGAACUGAAGAAAAUCUUGGAUAAUAUAAUCUCUGAUCUGGCAUGCCAUGUCAUAGACCCAUCAUAUAAAUGCCAUUCUGUCAAGAGACCAAAGCACAGCCUCCUGCAUGAGCUAUUUGUUACUUUUCAAGUAAAUCCUUUUGCACCAGGAUGGGAAGAAGUUUGCAACCAGCUUCCUUAUGAUUGUGAAGAUGCAACAAACAUGAGAGUUCAAGAGGCAAGAGAUCGUAUUGAAGAGUUUUUUAAUAAACAGGCAUAUGCUUUGAAGCAUGACUUUCAAACUCUUCCUACAAUACACUAUGUGGACCACAGUUUUGAAGUUACUCGCAUUGACAGCUGUCGACCAGGUUUUGGGAAAAACGAUAUCACCCACAAUGACUGCGCUAGUUGCUGUGUGGUUUGUGAUCCUGGAACAUACAGUCCUAACAAUGAAGUGACCUGCCGAACUUGUGUAAGAACUCAAAUCAAACAGUAUGGAGCAAAAUCUUGCUAA